GAGAAAUUUAACACAAGAAAAAAAAUGAGUGAACAAAAAAUUGUUCUAGUGACCGGUUGUGCCAAAGGUGGCAUUGGCUAUGAGUAUUGCAAAGCAUUUGCCGAGAAAAAUUGUCGCGUCAUAGCCUCUGACAUCUCAAGUCGGAUAAAAGACAUGUCAGAUUUUGAGUCAGAUAACAACAUAGAGACACUCGAACUUGACGUUUCAUCUGAUCAAAGCGCUACUUCAGCCGUGGACACUAUUAUAUCAAAAUACGGACGUAUCGACAUUCUAGUUAAUAACGCCGGAAUAGGUAGCACAGGUCCAUUAGCCGAAUUACCACUAGACACUAUUAGAAAAACAUUGGAAAUUAACACGUUGGGACAACUAAGAAUGGUGCAACAAGUUGUGCCUCACAUGGCUCUGAAAAAAAGUGGAACCAUAGUUAAUGUUGGAAGUGUAGUUGGGAAUAUUUCAACACCAUGGGCAGGGUCAUAUUGUGCUAGUAAAAGUGCUAUUCAUGCAAUGUCAAAUAGUUUGCGGUUAGAAUUGAAGCCAUUUGGGAUCAAUGUUGUUUUGGUUAUGCCUGGAUCCAUUAGAUCAAAUUUAGGGAAAGCUAAUUUGGAGAAAUUAAGUGAUUAUGAUUGGAAGCUUUAUAAGGAUUUUAAGGAAGCUAUAUCGGAGAGAGCAAGAGCUUCUCAAGGUGGAAAAGCAACGGAUGGUAGAGUUUUUGCUAGACAUGUUGUUAAUAAAAUUUUGGCAAAUAAACCACCUAAGCAAAUUAUUUUUGGUCACUUGACUGGUUUGUUUGCCUUGCUUUCUUGGUCUCCUCUUUGGGUUAGAGACAUGUUUUUCUCAUCACGUUUUGGCCUUGAUAGAAAGGUUUGAUUUGAGGAUUUGUAUGAUCAUUUUCUUUAUGAUCAAAAUUCAUGUUUAUUCACUGUUUACUGUUUGAGUCAAUGAAAUAAUUUAUAUACUGUUUUGUAAUAUGUGACUUGACAAUAUCUUGUUGCUAUAGCUACUUAUUGUGUUAGUAUAAAAAAUGGGGGUAAAAUAGCAUCAUGCUAAUGUUAUA